GCAACAUCUGACGUCACGAGGAAAAUAAAACUAUAAUAUCACCACACACGUUAACGCUCUGUCGUUCAGAGCCCUCAUCUGGCUUGGCCGAAACAUCAGCUGACCUCCUCCACGAAAAGUUGUGUCCACGUCUGUCGGGAUGAGGAGAGCGGCGGUCAGUGUGUUGGUCAGUGUCCUGUGUCUGGUCACGUGUUGCUGGGGCGGUCAUCUCAAGUCCCUGACCUGGGGAGACAAGCAGGCUUUUCUUGACGCCCACAACCAGGCCAGGAGACAGGAAGGCGCGGGUCUGAGGGAUCUGACGUGGAGUGAUGACCUGGCUAACAAAGUGUCCGUCCUGGCCUCCACAUGUCGCAUGAGCCACACACCGGCCAGCCGGAGGUAUUGGGGAGAGAACAUCAUGGCUACGUCAAAUCGCCACAUCAGCGCCCGGUUAGUCGCCGCACAGGCCACAGAGAUGUGGGUCAGUGAGAGAGCUUACAACGACGGGACCUACAGGUGUAUGACUGAUGGAAGCUGUGGUCACUACACUCAGGUAGUGUGGCGAGACACCAGACAGGUGGGCUGUGCCGUGUCUACCUGUGACUACACCUGGGACCUGGGCACGCUGGUUGUCU